AUGCCUCUAGCACCUGGUGAACUCACUGUUAAAAAGAUGACUCUUGAAAAGGGUAAUGUUGAUGACGAUGGCAAAGCAAAGGAUAAGAAACAAACUGUUGAUGUAAAUCUCGACAAUAAAGAAGAUCGGCAGGUCGAUGGCCGGCGUGAGAACUUUAAAGACCAGGAACAAUUUUAUGAAAAGACCGGUAACUCUAUAUUAGCUUACAUGAAAGGUUCCCUCCCUAUGAGUAAAAUAGAUGAGCCCCAUGUUUGCGUCAGCACGCUGUAUGUGUUCUGUAGCGAGCAGGAAGUGAAGGAGAGAUACGCCAUACCUAAUGGUGAAACUACAACAAGAGAUGCUACAAGUAGAGGCAGUAGAGUUGAUGACACAGAUAGAGGCAGUAGAGUUGAUGACGGGUUCGGGCGAAUACGUCGCAAGCUGGACACUGGUCAGAGCAUCUCCAUCACGCUGCCCUACAUCCAGGACUGGCUAGAGGGUUACAUGAAAAACACGCCCAGAUGUCCAGUCAACAGGUGUAACUUUCACCUGGGCAACGCCACGAAAGACACGGACGUGUUCAUGGUGGGCGCUGUCUUGCUGAAGGACAAGACCUUGCCCACGCAGAGGUGGCCGGGUCAGCUGUAUGUUAUUUAUGCUGACGAGUCGGCUGCCCACUACCGCAGUGAUAUUACACAAGAAAACUCGACCUGGAGACACGCCUUCAACCUGACGGUGACCCACAGGUCUGACGCAGAUCUCCACUACCCCUACGGCAGGCUGUUAUACAGCCCGCUGUCUGCUGACCAGAGGCCAGAUUACUAUGAACUGGCGAGGAAGAAAAAUGAGAGCAUCGUCUGGUUUGUCAGUCACUGCGAGACCCAGUCCAAGAGGGAAUUGUACGUGAAGGAGAUGCAGAAAUAUGUGAACAUAACGAUCAUUGGCCGGUGUGGAGGUGUAGACCCGACCUGCCCACACAGAGACCAGGGACAAUGCAUGCACGACAUCUUCAAAGACUACCUGUUCUACCUGUCCUUCGAGAACUCCAUCUGCCACGAGUACGUGACAGAGAAGGUGUUCAAGGUGUUCGUCCAGGAGACCCCCAUUAUCCCAGUGGUCAGGGGCGGGUCCGACUAUGCCAGAGUUCUCCCAGCCAACACGUUUAUCGACGCCGAUUGGUUUCAGACGCCGAAAGAACUGGCGCUGUUUUUGACGGCGUUGGGCCGAGAUCUGAAGACGUACUCGCGGAUGUUGGAGCUCAAGUCUAUGUACAAGACGCUGCCGAAGUUCCUCGUAUUAUGUGAAGUGUGUAGGGCCCUGGUGCACCAGCUUGUCAAACCAAAAGUUUACGACAUCAAGAAGUGGUUAGAUGCCGGCUGUAGGGAGCCUAAAAACUUUACAGUAUCAGCGAGGGAGGAGAAUUUAACCUCAUGAAUCUCUUGACUCUUAAACACCGGGUUUUCUGUUUUACUAAAUCAAUUAUUUAUACAAUAAAUGGCACGCGCCGACCAGAUAAAAAGCUUUAAAUAACAGAGUGUUUCUUACAUAUUGUAAAUAAAACAAAACUGCUGAAGUUUAAAAAUUCCUUAAGGAGGUACUCUACCUAUUCUAAUGUUUCCAGUUUUGCAGCUUUUACAACUAUCGAAUAAUAGUAAUUCCUACCACCUUUUCGCAAUUUUAAAAUUCAAACUCUGUGGGAAUCUUUGAAAGGCGAACUUUUUGUCUCCUAUCAGAUUUCCAUAAGACGCAUAAUAUCCUUGGCAUAAUUAGCUAAAACAGAAGCAAAAUACUGAAGGAAAAAAGUGCAACUACUUCCAAAUGAUGAAAAGAAUAACUAAAUUUUUUUUUCAGAAUUACAGCCUUUGAAACAGGUAAUGUUCUUUGAAAAUUGGCAUUGAAAUUAGCAUUGAAAUUAGCAGUAAAGAGGUGUAUUAACAGUACAGUGAUCUAGCCUUAUUCUCUGCAUACGUGUGUUGAGUUCGAAAUAUUGAUUUUUUUGUCAUGUACAUUUAUAGGUAUAGGAUUUCCAUUUUUUUUAAAAACCUAAAUUUUUAAACAUCGUAACUUUUCUACUACUUGAGAUAUAUGAACAAAAUUGGUAUCCACUAUCUUAGGAUCUUGAGUUCUUGACAUGGCAACUUUUUAGAAAACAGGUUUGACAUAUUUAAUUGAUUGAAUAUAGCUUUGCAUU